AUGUUAGACGUCCUUGAGAGAUGUGAGAAGCACCCCGGAAAGGCGCUAAAGCUGGUCUGUGGUGACCAUGACCAGCUGUGUUGCCAUGUGUGCGUUGCCGUGGAUCAUAGACACUGUUCAUCAAUACAGCACAUUUCAGAAGUUGCAAAGGGCAUCCGCAAAGAUCCGGAGUUUCGUCAAUUACCUCAACGGGUAGCUGUUCUUAGGAAGCAUAUAGAAGAUAUGAAAAACGACAGAAAGAAAAAUAGUGCCUCACUGAGGAAGACUCGAACAGCCUUUGUUGCUGAAAUCAAUGCAAUCCGGGAAAAGAUCAACGGCAUUCUUGACAAGAUGGAAACAACAACCGUUCAAGAAUUAGACCGUCUGGUGGCUGAUCAGGAACUGUCCAUUAAGAAAGAUAUGGAAUCCUGCACACAGAUGCACGACGAAUUAAAGAGCAUUAUGGAUGACAUACAAAGGAAAGACUCAUCAGGCGAACCACCCAUAUAUAUUGGACGCCAACAACAUAAAGUGAAACUCCUGGACCAGGAGUACAGGGUUGUCGACCACUGUGAUGUCCCCGAGUAUCCAUAUGACGUGUGCCACAUCGGCGGAAAUGAGGUUGCCGUCUGCGUUAACAACAACAAAGACAAUGGCACCGCGCUGUACGUCUAUACAAUGGAAGGGGAGGUGGUUAAGAAGCUGUACGAGGACAAGAUCGGUGAAUACACGGUGUUAAGAAUUGCCCUCAGUAACGACGGGAAGACUAUCUACAUUACAAACAAAUCAAACAAUCAACUUAUCACCCUGGACAACCUUGGCAACAAGCUAGCCACAUUUAUUGAUCCUGACCUGAGGAGACCUUACGGAGUACACGCGACAACUGCUGGAUACGUUUUCGUCUGCUACUAA